AUGGAUCCAAAUGAUUUAAGCAAUCUAGAUAAUAACGCUUUAUUCUACGGAGCACCACGAACCGGUAAAUCAGUAAUGGCAGAAAAAUUGGCUUAUGAGGCUGAUAUUUAUCCAUUGGUAGUGAUUCAAGGCUCGACUUUAACUCCUAAUAAAGCUAAUAGUAGAAAUAAUAUCGACGUUGCUUUAAAAUUCUUUUUCACUAUUUGUAGCAUAACUUAUGACCUAGUUGACGAUUAUGGCUUUGAAAGAGCAGGAGAUGGCGAGGCACGUUAUAUUCUUUUCCUUGAUGAAGCUGACCAAGUAUGCACAACUAAUCUCUUGCCACCUAGCCAAGUUUCAACUCAACUAACUUUCCUCAAAGAAUGUAUGGGCAAAUAUGAACCCGAAAAAGACAAUGAUAACCAAAGCAGCAACCAGCCACCAAAAAAACUAGAAAGCUUUGAGGGUAAAUUCGAGAACCCCCGAAACCCUAAAAUAGAAGAGGUAUUAGCUACUGUGGAACAAACCAUGAAAAUCACUGCCAACAAAAUCAGUGAAGACAUCAGCUGUGCCUUAGGAAUCGCUUGCGUAAUUGCUACCGGAGGAGCUGCUACUCCCUUAGUAGCUGCCGUCGCUAUCGGUGGCGGUGGUGUCGCUGGUCAUUUAAUUGGGAAUAAAGUCGAGCAAGAAGAAAAGAAAGUUAAAAAUCAAGAGCAAGAAUUAGAACUUAGAAGCCAAACCAUUGAAACCCUAAAAAAAGAUAAUGAAAAGCUUCAAGCUGACCGUGGAGAAAAGCAAAAUGAAUAUAAAAAACAAGAGCAGGAAAAUCAACAAAAAGAAAAAGGGCUAGAAGACGCUAAAGACAAAAGCCAAAAACUCCUUGAUGAAAUUAGAAAUUUAGAAGAGAAAAUCAAAAAUAACAACAAAAAUAUUACUUCAGUGGGUUCGUCGGGCUCUUCUAACAAAGGAACAAUUAUGGAAUUUUUUACUCCCCAAAAUAUCUUGAUAGUCUUUGCUGUCUAUGCUUUAUGGCAAAUAGAGAAAGAAAAAAAAGAAAAGCAGCAAGCAUGUUUAAGGGCAUUUAAUCAUUACUUUCCUUCUUUUGAUAGGGAAAGUGGCUGUAUUAAACAAAUCAAAGAAGACUUUGAAGAAAUUAAACAGACAACUGACUUAGAAGAGAAAUACCAAAAGGCUAAUUUCGCUUGA